UCAAAUUUCAAGUUAAAAUUUUGAAAAUGGGGAAAAAAAUUCCAGUUACGGCAUCAAAUAAAACUAUAAAAAUAAGUCCUGAUCCAAAUAGAUCCAGAAGCAAAGCUCGAGAUGAUCUUCUAGACGAUUAUAGUCCUAUAUGUGUUGCAAAAAUUUUUCCAACAAACGCAGACAGACCACCAGUCACUUUAGAGAGUUUUCGGCCGAAGAAAAAUACUUGUUUGGACUAUGAACUGUCGGAAACUUAUCUCAGAUGGCAAAUCGGCGACACCAAAGUUCGGGCUUCCCAUAUAACAGGUACGUAUGUACCUGCUCCUCCAGGAUAUUUUGCCCCGAAGAAAGUGAAGGGACUGUACUUCAACGGAUGUCCCCCGGUUUGGAAAUUUCUGGACGAAAUCAGGAAAGAGAAAAUCGAGAAGCAACAAACAGGAAACAGGGCACACUUCAAAGAAUUUUUGAGAAAAACUCAUGAGAAUAAGGCAGUUAGUUUUAACCAGAUGCACGAUCUUCUGACCUCAAUGGCUGGACCACCAUGGUUCCAAGAACUAUCCCCCGCUCAAUUGAAAACAAUCGACAAUCUGCAGGAAUGCAUACACAAAGAUUUGAAGGGAAAUUCUAUCGAGAACGUUAAAGCAAACAUGGCGGCAUUUGGUCUGUACUUUCGACCGAACGAGAAAAUGUUGAAGAUGGCGCUGGAGUUCUGUUGUGGCGUCGAUUACGAGUUUUUGCUGAUUUUGUAUCAAGUUAUGAAUCCUAAGAGAAGAUGUUAUUCCAUCAAUGACAGACUUCUUCUAUCGGCAGUAGUUCACUUAACCAUCAUUGAAACCCUACGAGAAUGCCACGUCAGGCUACCGUCCCCACCCCGCAAACCUUGCACUCCCGUUUGUAUGCCAUGCAAAGGGAGGAAAACAAAACAAGGAGACUGUAUCUAUUCUGUUCCACCGAAGAUACAUUAUGACUCCCCUUAUUUGGAACCGUACACUUUCAAGCCAGAUCCGCCAAAGUUCCAAAAUCCGCCAAGAUACGAGAACAAGCAUAUACAGUAUCCGGAAAGUCCGUAUUUUUCUUAUUUGGAUGCGUUGAGGGAAGAAAUAAAAAAUGCGGAGAGUGUGUUAGAUAUUGAUGUAUGUAGAGUAGAUGAUCAAGAACAAGAGAUUUUACGAGAGCACCAAGCGGCCGAGAGGAAGUAUAACGACCUUCAAGAGAACGGGGCAUGGAAAGGUUUGGUAUCUCCAACUAUAAAAUUAGAAUGUAUGGAUUUUGUAAAUAGAUCCCUACAAUGUAGACCCGUUAAGUUGCCAUCGCUGUUUCCACUAGAAGAUACGUUGCCUCCAUGUACCUGCGACGAAGAGGAAAAGCCAGGCGGUGGAGACUGUUGUACAGACUUCUACACUUGCCCAUGUAACAAAGACCCCAACACCAAAUGCGUUUGCAAGGAAAACACAAACUUAUUUUUGAAAGCCUUAUGUAAAAGAUGCCUAGCAAUCUUAAAGAGAAGCACCAACAACAUGGUGGGAGGCUUAGUGAGGUAUAAUGGAGAUAUGUUACCGCUUAUCCAAGGGGUUUUUAAAGACAGGGAAUGCAAGUGUUUGACUCGGUUUAAGGACCAACUAUCAGCGAUAGCAGCAGGUAAUAGGUUGUCUUGCAAACCUGAGAUGUAUUCUAUAGGGGGCGUUGCUAUCACUUCACAGGGGCCUUCGUUUAUAAUAAACUCUCUUCUUAACAAGAAAGAACUAGAAUCUAAAAUGGAGAAGGACGAGUCUACGGAAGAUGUAUGUACUUGCGGAGAGCCAGAAGAAACAAAAGCAUGUCCAGACGACUGCUGCGUGGACGAUUCUAAAGAAAUGCCAAUAAUAUGUCAAGAAAAUGCCUGUCAAGAAAAAUUAGAGAAAAUAGAUGAGCCAGAAGAAAUGAAGGAAGAACCUGAAGAAACAGACAAGAGUAUGCCUUGGGAAGAAGCGGAUUGUAAGUGUAAGAAAGCCUUUGAAGAUUUUUGUGCGAAGCAGUGUAACUGUCCACAAUGUUUAGAAGAUAAAAGGCGCAAAGAAGCGGUGUAUGUCGUAUCAGGUGUAUCCAAUACAGAUCAAGGUGGAGUCGUGGAAAACGUCGUAAAUAUUGGAGGCGUUCAACAAAAACAAUGCGAUUGUUUUCAUAACUAUAUGGAAAAAAUUAAGAAGAUGGAGGAGUACAGACAAAGAGUCAAAACCAGACUCAAAAUGAAAUACCAGGAUGAUAAAUAUUGCAUCGGAGGUGUUGCAACAACUAAAUAUGGUCCAGUUUACCACAACCAAGGUGUCCAAAAAGAAAUUUCGUGCACUUGUCUUCAGGAUCAUCAGAAAGAAGAAGAGGACGCUAAAAGGCGAAUGCCCGAGAAACCUGACACAGGCCGAAUUCAGUACGCUAUAGCAGGCGUAUCAGCUAAAGAAGACAAAAACUAUUUUGCAAUAAGUCAUGCUGUACAUUCAAAACCUUGUUCUUGCCUAGAGAUGUAUAGAACCUACAAAAAGGAGCAUAUGUGGUGUUUGGAGAGUUUUUACGAAUAUAUGCAUAUUACUCAAAACGAGCUACAAGAAUUUGAAGCCGAAAAACCAUACGAAGACGAAGAGCAAAACCUAGACCUUCAAUACGAACUUACUUUUGAACCAGGUUUAGCCGGUGAUGAACAAGAGGAUGAAGGGGUAAAUGACUCACAACCAAAACAAGAAUGUCCUUAUAGUAAAACCGACUCACCUAAUUAUCAAAUAUGUUCCGAAUGUGGGAAAUGUGUGGAAAUAGAUUAUACAAUAAAUCUAUGCAAUUGCCGAAAAGAAGAUAAAUGUAGAGAACAAAACAAUUCUCCUCCUAGCAAAGAAGUGUGUCCUGUUCAGCCACCGAAGAACAAAAUUUGUUCUGAAUGUAAAAAAUGUGUGGCAUCGGAUUCUGUAAUCGAUAACUGCGACUGUCGAUCUUCAGAAGAGACAAUCCAAGACGAAUGUGAAUGCAGAAAGGAAGAUACAUGUAAAGAACAAGGCGAUCGUAGUCAGGAAGUAUGUCCACUUGAGCCACCUAAUUAUAAAACGUGUUCUGAAUGUGGAAAAUGUGUAACAUUGGAUUCUACGAUCGAUCAAUGUGAUUCUGGAUCUUCAGAAGAGACAAUAAGAGAUAAAUGUGAAUGCCCUAAAGAAGUUAUGUGUAUAUCGAUCGAAGAUCCAUGCGUAUGUGAGUCUGAUGAAACAGUCAAAGAAAAGGAAGACUGUACUUGUACCGAAGACCCUUCACACAAAUGCACUUGCUUCGAUGAUCCUUGUUUUUGUACGGAAAACCCUUCAUUUAAGUGCACAUGCUUUGAUGAUCCAUGUAAUUGUACCGAAAAUCCUAAUCACGUAUGCACUUGCUUUGAUGAUGAGCGAUUCAAAGAGACAGAAACGCAGUGUGGAGACGGAAAGGAAUUCGGCGAAGGUGAUUUCAAACGAUUUGUUAUACUUGAGAAAAUACCUUGUAAUAAACGCAAGCAGAUGGAGAUUCUAAAGAAACUGCUAGAAGGUUUAGCGAUGGAUGGGUAUCCUUUGGCCAAACUUCCAGAUGCUCAUCAACUACCAAUAUUCCGGCUGUGGAUGCAAAUGCGAUGUGGCAAAAGUUGGACACAACGACAAAAAAGAGCGUUUAAUCAAUUGACCAAUAAAUAUUUGGCGCACACAAAUAUUUGUUAUCAGAAGAUUAAAGUACCGAAAAUGCCCAUCUGCCCACAUAUGGCAAAUAAAUUCAACUGGAACCAUUUCGAACUCCUAAGGGACAUGACUUCUUCGCUAAUAUUCGAGUACCGCCGAAAAAUUAAGCAGUUACGAGUCCACAGUGCCAGAGAGUACUUUCCUAUAAUGUACGACUAUCCGUUUCCGUUUCGAACCUUUAGAAAUAAUUAUUUUGCUUACUUGCCGGCAAAAGAAGAAGACAUUUACGUUGGGAACUUCCGAAUAACCGACUGGGCUGCGCCGAAACAACGAGACGCAAGUUGCUUCAGAUUUGAUAAUAAAAAAUAAAUGUUGACGAUGAUAAAA